AAAUUUGGGGGUGGAGCUACCAUGGCUUCGGGAGAAAGGGGAGGGAGGUGCUUGGUGGAGGCAUGGCAGCUGUCAACUGUGUUCUUGGUGGAGGUAUGGCAGCACUACUCUUGUCAUAACCACCAUCACCAACACUGCCAUUAUCUUAUACAUCACAAAGAUAUUACUAUCAAACAAAACACCUUUUAAACACACAACCAAACACACCCUUUCUUCCUCCCUGCAACUUUUUCACCCUUUUCCUCCAUCUCCCUUCGUCUAGGACCAAUCACCAUGGCUGCCAUUGCAGACACUCGGCAGCCUCCUAGCUCUGCUCGACCCUUCAGAGCGAGGUUGUCUCUGUUCCUAACCUCGCGUUGCUCGAGCUCAUGACUGCCUGGAUUUCGCAGUUGUUGGCCUCAGAUUUCUUUCGUAAACUAGAUCAACUAGAAAUGAGCCUCUGGAACUCGUCGAGUCUUGGCAGAGUUAACACGCUCAGCUCCUGAGAAUCGGGGGUCAACUCCAUCGUACCAUCUAGAUCAGUAGCCCUGUGAUUUCUCCAAAAGAUGCAAAAGAAAACAAAAACAUUUGCAUACUGCUCUGUUUUUCUUCAAGCGUAGUCUCGAUCACGAGCUAAGAUCGGAGAAGCAGACGAAUUGGUAAGCUGAAGGUGCCAUGCCGAUGGAGAUACUCACUGCAAGUAUUCCUACAAUAAUUGACUACACAAUUAGACCAGUUGCACGCCAAGUGGGUUAUAUCAUUUUCUAUAAAAGCAACCUUAACGAUCUAAAGAAUAAAUUGGAGAAUUUUGAUUCUGUCAAAGAAAGGAUGAAGCAUGAAGUUGAUGAAGUCAGAAGAAAAGUUGAUCAAAAAGUGGAAGCUGAUGUCCAGAAAUGGCAGUCAGAUGCGGAGAAGACCACUCUGGAGGCAAAAGCACUCUUGCAUGAUGAAGGCCGUGCAAAGACAAUGUGUCUCAUUAUAUGUCCUAAUCUGAUAUCCUAUCAUCAGCGUAGCAGGAAGUCAACAAAACUGAUGGAAAAGAUUGAAGAACAUGUAAAUAAAAAAAAAGAGUAUGCCAGUAUUUCUUACAAUGCUGCCGUAGAAGAUAUAUCUGCCAUAGCCUCCGACGAGUACAUGGCCUUUGAAUCAAGGAUUUCAAUGGUGAAGGAUAUCAUUACGGAAUUGAAAAAACCUGAUAUCAACAGGAUUGGUGUGUACGGAUUAGGGGGCGUUGGGAAGACAACACUUGCCAAAGAGGUUUACAGAGAAGCUCUGGAAGAGAAGUUAUUUGAUGAUGUGGUUAUAAUACUAAAUGUCAAAGAAAAAAACGACAACGAAAAAUUUCAAAAAGAAAUUGCCAAAAAGUUGAGGAUGGAUGUUGAUGAAUCUGAGGAUGUGGGAACAAGGGCGAAUCUCCUACGAGCCAGGAUAAAAGAUGGGAAGACUCUUGUCAUUUUAGAUGAUGUUUUGGAAAGAACUGACUUUGAGGCUGUGGGACUCAUCGGUGUGCCGAACUGUAAGCUAUUGUUGACAUCUAGAGAAAUAAAAGUUAUACGCUCUGAUAUGCGUACGCAAAAAGAAUUUCAACUUGGAUUUUUAACAGAACAGGAAAGUUGGAAUUUGUUUGAGAAGAUGGCAGGUGAUGUUAAAGACAACCGUAUACUGAAGGAAGCAACCCAGCUAGCAAAGAAAUGUGGAGGUUUGCCAGUUUUGGUUGUUGCAGUUGCAAGGGCUUUAAGGGAUAGUAGUUUGGAUGAAUGGAAAGUUGCGUUGAGAAGUUUCAAAAGAUUUGACAAGAAAGAGUUGAAUGAAAAAGCAUUCUUGGCUCUAAAGUGGAGUUACGAACAAUUGGAGGAUCAAGAGCUUAAGCAAUUGUUCUUGCUUUGUGGGAGUAGCUGCAAUUAUCUCAGUGACUUGUUGAAGUAUAGUAUGGGUUUGGGUUUGAUAAAAAAUGUUGAGACAGUGGAAGAGGCAUGGACUUCAUUGAAUGUAAUGGUUAAAAAAUUAAAAAAUUCUUGCCUAUUGCAGGACAGCUAUGACGAUGACACUGUUAGAAUGCAUGAACUUGUACGAGAUGUUGCUGUCCGGAUUGCAACUGAUGAUCAAAAAGCCUUUUCAAGAGCAUAUGAAGAUGAGGUGAAACAAUGGCCAACUGAGGAUUUCCUUGAAAAAUGCACAAGGAUGUCCUUAAUAAUGUGCAAGAUCCCCAGGCUUCCUGAAGUACCUUGGGAAUGCCCAGAAUUAAAAUUGCUGCGCUUGGAUAAUAAUCAUAUUGGGGACUCCCAGGAAAUCCCAAGCAAUUUUUUUGAAGGGAUGAAAGAACUCAAAGUGUUGGAUGUAACCAGAUUCAAUAUUCAGUCACUACCUCCAUCUCUUCAAUCCCUAAAGCAUCUCCACACAUUGUGCUUAGAUCAAUGCGAGUUGGUAGACAUAACUCUUGUUGGACAGCUAACAAACUUGAAAAUUCUUAGCUUCCUUGAGUCCAAGAUUAAAGAGUUGCCCAAAGAAAUAGGGCAAUUGACUAGCCUACAAUUAUUGGAUUUGACCGGUUGCUCUGAACUUGUUAUGAUCUCACCUGGUGUUAUAUCAAGCUUGACAAGACUAGAAGACUUGAGGAUGGGAAUAAAAAGCUUUAAGCAAUGGGAGGGUGAAGGUCCCAUUAGCGGAGGAAGUAAUGCUACUGUUUCAGAGCUGAAGCACUUGGCUGAACUAACUGCAUUAGACAUACAUGUUCCAGAUGCUGACCUUCUUCCACCGAACUUGUUCUCCGAUAAGUUGGAAAGAUACAACAUACUUAUCGGUGAUUGUUGGGAGUAUCCUGACACGUACGGAACCUCCUCUAACAUGCUAAAACUGAAGCUCACCAGGAGAAAUCAAUUCGACCGAGGUAUAAAGUUGCUGGUAAAGAGAUGUGAGCAAUUGUACUUGGAUGGGAAGGAGAGUGGGAAUAUUAUUUCCUUUCUAUUUGACAGUGAUGCUGUGGAACAACUGAAGUGUCUCCAUGUCCAAAACAACGACGAAGUUACAUAUGUCAUUAACUUCGUCAGUUGGAGUUAUUCUCAUAAUACCUUCCCCAACCUGGAAUCUCUAACUCUUGAAGACCUUGUGACUUUGGAAAGUGUAUGUUAUGGCCAACUUGUAGGCGAGCCCUUUCAAAAGUUAAAAUCUUUGACACUUUGGAAUCUACCGAAGCUUAUUGGUUUCUUUUCCAAAGACAAGCGAACGAUUGGUACAGAUGCCGACGAAAUCGUUUUGGAGGAAGAAGUUGGUGGACCACCGAGACUUUUCAGUAAUGGAGAGGUUAUGAUGCCCAACUUAACAACCUUGACUGUGCAUCAAUGUGGCAGUUUAAGAUUUUUGUUUUCGAGUUCCAUGGCUAAAUGUCUCAGACAACUCAAAAAUCUCAAGAUAUCUAAUUGUCAAAUUAUGGAAGAAAUAGUGGGAAAUGAGGAGAAUACAGAUGACAUGUUUGAUAAGUUAAGCCGUCUAGAGCUACAACAUCUUCCAAGCCUUGCUAGAUUCAGCUCAGGAAGUUACAUUAAAUUUCCGUCUUUGGUGUUUUUGGAUCUAUACAAUUGUACUAAACUGGAGACAUUCAUCUUUGAUGCUAAGAGUGAAAAUAUUACAACCAACAACGAAGAAAGAGAUAUUGAGCUCUUUGAUGAAAAGGUAGGAUUUCCUAGCUUGGAGGCGUUGUAUAUGGGACUUACCUAAGUUGAAGACAAUAUUCCACAACAACCUUCAGUCAAAUUCUUUUGGCAAGCUCAGAAUUAUGAAUGUUUGUAGAUGCCAGAGUCUGAUUAAUAUCUUUGGGCCAAGUAUCAUGGGAAGAUUGAAUGCUCUAGAUACAUUGCAUAUAGAGCAGUGCCAGUCACUACAAGUGGUAUAUGACACAUCAUCUACCACUCAGUUGAACCGUUUUGAGUGCCCAAAUCUAGAUUUAGUUUGCAUAGACUCAUGUAAGAGUUUGAAAAAUGUAUUUCCCGU